AUGUCUCGAUUCUUCCCUCACACCCCUUAUGCAGAAGAGCAGCCGUACUCACACACGCUCCUCUACAGCCACGUCCUCUAUCGUGGCUUCCAAACAGGCACAACACUCGGUCUUGGCUCGGUUGCAAUUCAAUCUGCAUACGGCUGCGUUCGUGGCAGAAGCUCAAUAGCACGUGCAGCGAUUUUACCUAUCACUGGACGAUGGGCUCUCGUAACGACGGCGCUCAUGGUGCCUGCGACUUAUGGAAGAAUGUAUGGAAGAGAAGAGAUAGAGUGGCGGGAUCGGUCGUGGCGGCUAUUGGAGAAUAAAGGACAAGUUGAAACGGAUGAUUGGUCGCUGAUUGGUACUGUGGUUGGAGCGAUGGCGGCCUUGCGGCAGAGUACGGUGAAGGUGACGGGAAUGCGGAGGGCAAUGAGAGUCGCUGGGGGAGCUGGAGUCGGGAGUAUGGUCGGCGUGGCAGGUUAUAUGGCAUGGCGGUAUGGCGUGCAUGGUGGGAAGCGAGAAGGGUGA